AUAUAUUUUUAAUAUUUAAAUAAAAUAGAGCAACUAUUAUAUUUAAAAAUUUAUAAUACUGUUUAAUAAUUCAACUAUAAUUUGUGGUUUUUUGUAUAAACCCGCACAAACCAAACACUGUUAGUGUAUAAACUGAAACAAAUCAAAUUAAAUAUGGAAUCUACUUUUUAUAAAUCCGGAUCAAACAGCUCUAGAAAUGAGUUAAUUUCGUAAUUUCAUUCAAUAUCCCGACAGGGAUAUCGUUGACUUGUCUAUUAUAAAAGUUGGUCGGUAGCUAAUGUGUUUAAUUGUGUCAGAUUGUCCAAAUUUUGUUAUUUAAUUAACCGGUAAUCUGGUAAACUGAUUAUGUGGUAGGAUUGAUUAGUCAAUGGGACGUCUAAUUAAAUCCAUUUGACGUUUGAUUCUAUAUAUCAAUUAUUCUUUUGAAAUUGGGGGUUAAGAGGGGUCAGACGGACCUCUCUCAGUUAACUCUUGGCAUCUCUGUAACAUUAGUAUUUAUCAUAUUUACAUAUAUGAAAAAUUAGUAUGUAUGAUAUUAACUGCCAUGAUAUGUAUAUUCCCAUUAGAAAAAUUCAAACAUACAAAUCCAAUGUAUUAUUCAGUGUAUGAAUACCUGACUACCUGUACAGAAUGUGAAACCCUGUUUUAAAUAAGAAGACACGUUCCAAGGGAAUAUGAUUGAAAACCGUAAUUUAUUGAUGGUCAACAAACUAAAAAUAUAUAAACCACCAAACAAUAGAUCAAGAAUGAAUAUCAAGAAUCACCGGAGCAAGAAUGGCAGGAGGAGGAACGUCCUUAGAGUACACACCAACAUGGGUGGUGGCUCUCGUCUGCUCCGUGAUUGUCUCCAUCUCUUUCGCCGUCGAGCGUGGCCUCCACCGUGCCGGAAAGCACUUUGAUAAGAACAAUCAGAAGCAGCUUUCCGGGGCCUUACAGAAAGUCAAAGAAGAACUUAUGCUGCUAGGGUUCAUAUCGUUACUGCUAUCAGUAAGCCAGUCUAGAAUAGCAAAGAUUUGCAUAUCAAAGGAGUUAAGUGAAAAGCUUCUCCCUUGUAAGAAACCAAAAGAAGACAAGUCCCUCAAUGACAACUCUCAUUUCCAGCUCAGCUUCACCGGCCGACAUCUCCUUGCCGGAGACUCCGGCGCAGGCGACUACUGCUCCCAAAAGGGAAAGGCUCCAUUAAUGUCAAUAUCAGCUCUGCAUGAGCUUCAUAUAUUCAUCUUCGUGUUAGCUAUUGCUCACAUUAUUUUCUGCCUCUUGACCAUUCUUUUUGGUACCAUGAAGAUAAUGCAAUGGCGAAAAUGGGAGGAUAAAGUUUUGGAAAAAGACUACAACGCAGACGAAGUGAUCCAGAAGAAAUAUACAGCGGUUCGAGAACACGACUUCAUCAGGGGACGGUUUCUCGGAGUUGGAAAAGCUGAUGCUUGCUUUGGAUGGGUGCAUUCCUUUAUGAAGCAGUUUCUUGCAUCAGUCAAUGAAUCAGAUUACAUCACAAUGAGGCUAGGGUUCGUCACGACUCAUUGCAAGACCAAUCCAAAGUUCAAUUUCCACAAGUAUCUCAUACGUGCCCUAAAUUCAGAUUUCAAGAAAGUUGUUGGUAUCAGUUGGUACCUUUGGGUGUUUGUGGUUCUCUUCUUGCUUCUAAACAUUGCUGCAUGGCAUGUUUACUUCUGGCUAGCUUUUCUUCCUUUGAUUCUUUUGCUUGCUGUGGGGAUGAAGCUGGAGCAUAUCAUCACAGAUUUGGCUCAUGAAGUUGCAGAGAAACAUAUUGCUGUAGAGGGAGACUUGGUUGUGAGACCAUCAGAUGAUUUAUUCUGGUUUAAAAGUCCCCGGCUAGUUCUCUUCUUGAUCCAUUUCAUUCUCUUCCAAAACUCAUUCGAGUUAGCAUUCAUCUUCUUUAUCUUUGCUCAAUAUGGUUUUGAUUCUUGCAUCAUGGGACAAGUCAAGUUCAUAAUUCCAAGACUUGUCAUUGGGGUAUUGGUUCAGCUUCUCUGUAGUUACAGUACCUUACCACUCUAUGCCCUAGUUGCUCAGAUGGGAAGUUCGUUCAAAGGCGCAAUAUUCACUGAUCAGGCGCAGCAACAGAUUGCUGGAUGGGCAAAGUCAGCAAAGAUGGCUAAAAAGAAAGGCUCGACUCACGCAGGUUCCAGUCAUGGUGGCAGUCCAAACCCUAUAGCCACUCCUUCACCGAAGUCUAUACAGUUGCAGUCGCUUCUAGUAAAAGGCUCCUCUCAACAAAGUCACCUCUCUGAGAAGAAACCUGAGAUUGUUGAGGAAAAAUAACUCUUUACACAGUUAUACAUCCUAAACAAAAGAGCUUUUCCAUUAGAUUCUGUUUUCAGACCAAAAAAAAAACACUUCAUUGGCUUUGUGUAAUAUACAAAACUGAUUUUAACGUUGUUGUAAGAAUAUUACUUUUAAGUCUUUGCCUGUUUGAUUGAAUACAAAGAUUUUCUUUU